CCAGUUGUUAGAGUAUCAUAUCCUUUUUAAAUUAUUAAUUUUAAUAUAUUUAUGUGAAUUUCAAAUGGUAGAUAGCAUUGAGAAGAUCUAGUUUUUGAGUAGUAGAAAUCUCUAUCCCUUUCUUUACCCUUAAGCCAUGAAUGAAGAACAACAGUCUCUGCUUCUCAACUCAUCUUCUCGACGCUUCUUGUCCCCUCAAGGAGUGAAGGUGUCUUACGGCACGGCCGGUUUCAGAGGCGAUGCAUCAAUUCUGGCAUCGACGGUGUAUAGGGUUGGAAUCCUGGCAGCUCUCAGAUCGCUAAAGACCCAGUCGGUGAUCGGCAUCAUGAUCACCGCCUCACAUAACAAAGUCUCCGACAACGGUGUCAAAAUCGCUGACCCAAAUGGAGGCAUGCUCUCUCAGCAUUGGGAGCCCUUCGCUGACGCCCUAGCCAACGCCCCUUCUCCCCAACAACUCAUCCAGUUGGUAAAUGAGUUUGUCGAGAAAGAAAUGAUCCCAUUGGAUGGGGUAAGGCCAGCCGAAGUGCUUUUGGGGAGAGACACGAGGCCAAGCGGUGAUGCUUUGCUUGAAGCUGCUAGACUAGGGGUCACUUCAAUUGUUGGAGCUGUUGCCACGGACAUGGGGAUUUUGACAACUCCUCAACUUCAUUGGAUGGUUCGUGCUAGAAAUAAGGGCAUGAAAGCCUCAGAGCAGGAUUAUUUUGAACAGCUUUCGAGCUCAUUCAGGUGCUUAAUGGAUUUGAUCCCAACUGAAAAAAGUAAGUUCAAUGGGAUGGAUGACAAAUUGGUUGUGGAUGGAGCUAAUGGUGUUGGUGGACUAAAACUUAAAGUUUUAGAGAAAUUGUUGAGUGUUUUGGUUAUUGAGGUUCGGAAUAGCAGUGAAGAUGAUGGUGUUCUGAAUGACGGAGUUGGUGCUGAUUAUGUGCAGAAAGAGAAGUUUGUUCCACGUGGCUUUGGUUCUAAAGAUGCAGGGAUGAGGUGUGCUAGUUUGGAUGGAGAUGCUGAUCGGCUUGUUUAUUUUUCUGUACCACCUGAAAGCAGUGGUAUGAUCGAUCUUGUUGAUGGGGACAAGAUGCUAUCCUUGUUUGCCCUAUUCAUCAGGGAGCAACUAAGCUUUCUUGAUGAGAAAGAAGACAUAAAAAACUACCACCAAGCCCGUCUUGGAGUUGUACAGACUGCUUAUGCAAAUGGAGCAUCUACUAAUUACCUCAAACAAUUGGGACUUGAAGUCAAUUUUACUCCAACUGGAGUGAAAUACCUGCACGAAAAAGCUGCUGAGUAUGAUAUUGGCAUCUAUUUUGAGGCAAAUGGCCAUGGAACUGUCUUAUUUUCAGAAUCUUUCAUAAGGUGGUUAGAGGCCAGAACCAACAAGCUUUCUUCAGGAUCCCAAGGUUCAGAAGUGGAAAAGGCUGCUUUGAGAUUACUGGCAGUCAGUAAGUUGAUAAACCAAGCUGUUGGAGAUGCUUUGAGUGGAUUGCUCUUGGUGGAAGUCAUAUUACAUCAGAUGGGAUGGUCAAUUCAUAGAUGGAAUGAGCUUUAUCAUGAUCUACCCAGCAGGCAGCUCAAGGUUAAAGUUGCCGAUAGAACUGCAGUGAUUACAGCAAAUGCAGAAACUGUGGUUGUGAGCCCCCCUGGUCUACAAGAUGCCAUCAAUGCAGAAACUGCUAAGUACCCUCAAGGUCGAUGCUUUGUGCGACCAUCUGGCACUGAGGAUGUUGUUCGUGUAUAUGCCGAGGCAUCCACUCAGGAAGCAGCAGAUACCCUAGCUAACUGUGUGGCUAAACUUGUGGACCAAUUCUUAGGGUGCAGCAGCUCUUGACAUACCUUCUCCUUCUGUGUUUUCCUUUUUUUUUCCAGCUAAUAAGAUUCAUCAGAACAGAACGAACUUGGCUUUGAAGUUCUCUAACCAUCGAGAUUUUCCAAUAAAGUUUCUCCUGGUGGUUGGUCUUUACAUUAUUUGCUUGUCCAACAAGUGUAUUCUGAAUUUGGCUAGAAUCCAUCAUUGUUCAAAUGUACUUCUAUACAUGAACAUCUUAAAAUUAAGGUUAUAGUUAGAAGAUUUUAUUCGUGAAAUCACCAAUAUCUGGAAUGAUUCUGAUUCGAAUGCUUCUGCUAGUCUCAACUCCCGAGCAGGACGGAUCCAUAAAACAUCAUAUUGAGAGGGCUAAACUUAUGUUAGUUUAGAUAUUUAAAUAAAGAUGCAUUUGGCAAACCGGGUUGAAU